AUGACCAGCCGGAACGUUACCUAUGGCAAGCGAAGGGCUGGAAUUUUAAAGAAAGCUCAGGAAAUAUCGGUGUUAUGCGACAUUGACAUUAUUCUCCUCAUGUUUUCUCCUACUGGAAAACCGUCAGUUUUUCAUGGACAACACAGCAAUAUUGAUGAGAUGAUUGCAAAAUAUGCCCAACUAUCUCCAAAAGAAAGGACCAAAAGGAGGUUGGAGAGUCUCGAAACUUUAAAGAGAAACUUUAAGAAGCUUGACCAGGAUGUGGCUAUUGAAGAGUUUUUGGAUGCAAGUUCUCCAUCAAUUGAGGAAAUGCUCAACCUGGUAAAGAUGCUGCAAGCUCAACUUACAGAAGUCCACGAAAGACUAAGCUUCUGGACAAAUCCCGACAAAAUCGAAGACAUUGAACAUCUCUGUCGGAUGGAAAGUUCAUUAAGGGAAUCACUCAAUAGAAUUCACAUUCUAAAGACUUCGUUUCAGCUGGAGAACUUAGGGAAUGACCAACUUAUGCCAUUAGCUUGCACCAGCCAGGUUGAAUAUGGCAUGCAUUUUCCCCCGAUAACAGGUGGUGAUCAGGGUGGCCAAACGCAGUCGUGGUUUCCAAAUGUUGAGGGGCAACAUAUGAUGCUACCAGAUGAAUCCCACUUCUUGUCUUGUAGAGAUAUAGAGUGUUCCAUAGAUACAUCCCUUCCAAGCUGUUCGGGUUUAUUUGGUGUCAAGAAAGAAGACGACAACAAUUCAAAACUUGUGGAUAUUGAAAGACAAGAUGGGAUUACCAUUAAUGACUAUACUGAAAGUUCUGCUCAAAAGAGACUACCUCUAGGCGAGCAAUAUUCAUACCAUUCGUACGGGAAUUUAAGUUUGCCAGAAAUGAUGGAACCUGAAAGAGAGGUGAAUUUUCAAGCGAGUUCCAUGGAUUAUCAAAUUAAGCCUGAAAGAGAGAGGAAUAUGGUACCAGCAUCCGGCCCUUCUGUCCUGUUUAACAUUAAUGAUAACUCAUAUCAACAGCCACCAAACCACUUGAACAACUAG